UUCCAAAAUAUUUGAAAUCGCCACAAAUUGCACAAUCAUAGAACAAAGGUCAAAUCUGCAUUCUUCAACCUAAUUCUCUCUGUAGAUGUCAAAGAUGAUGCGAUCAGAUCGGAAACCACCGCUAGCGAUGAGAUCUCCGAUAAGGCUUCGACCACGUCGUGGUAGUCAGACAACUGUGAACAACCUUCAAACCCCAUCAGCUUCUUUCACGAAAUCUUGUCUGCCUAAACAAUCUUCGGACGUAGAAGAACCCGAACUCCACCCUGAAUACCACACGAUUUCUUCUGAAUUAAGAGCUUUAACAAAGAUGGUUCAAGAUAACUUGAGGGGAUCCACCGAUACAAAUCAAUCUUCAAAUGCUUAUAAUGGGACUCCUCUUUUCGAAAGGGGGAAGUUUUAUGAUGAGUACUCUGCAAGAAGGAACGAACGGCUGAGAAGGAAGAGAGGCGAAUCCGGGGUUGAGAAAAAGACUCCAUGCAAACAGUAUCUUGGGGUUAAGAUGGAGUCAACAAAGAGAACAGGAGAAAUCAAGAAAUUUGAGAGCGCGAAAAAGAUGACGACCCCAUUGAUCGAGAGGAGAGAAGUGGCGACGACACAGAGGUAUUCGUUAAGAAGUAGCAGUAAAGAAAACAAGAAACCACCAUUGGCUAUGAGCUUUGAUAGAUCAAUUGGUGGCACUGUGGAAAAGAAAACUGCAAUGAAGAGGACUGCAAGAAAAGGGUAUUAAUAACUGGUUUCUUUAUAGUUCUUGGUACAAUUAUGAUUACAACUAUUACCAAUUUGUGAAAUGGUUUUAUGAUCAUGGAUAUUAUUAAGCCAUGUUUUAUUGGGUUUGUGAAGUUGCAAUCAAAGAUGCAAUUUGAUUGAUGUUGGUAGUUAGGAAGGAAAGCAUUGGGGGG